CGGGAGAAAGAGGAGGGAUCGCGCUUGCGCACUUCCCUCGGAACGCAGGUAAGGAAAGAGGGGAUCUCCUGGGACCCGCGAAUCCUUCGGCGGGAUUAGGUGAAGGCGAGCCUUGGUUAGAGAAGAGCCCAAAUUUCAAAGGUCCUCCGGAAGACCCGCCCUUCGCCGCGGCAGUCUGGGGCGUUGAGCGGGAUCCGCUGUGAUGCUUCUGUCUGGGGUGUUUUUUUGGGGUUGUCGCCAUCCCGUUUUUCGAGCUGGGGCGGGGUGCCUGCUGUCCAAAAGAGAAAUGGAUCCCGAUAUUGGGGGAUGAGAGAAGCGGGGAGGGGGCGUGCCGGAUCCUUGAAGCGAUCCUUACCCAAUGCAUUAAAAAAGAAAUAACUUUUGCAAGCGUUUGUGUGUGCAGACAAAUGCUCCCUCGUUGGAUCAGCAACAGCGAUGGCAGACGCAGGCGGAAGAGCAGUGCAGAUUUGGAGGGGGGGAGUGUGGGGAGUCAGACAGCUGCCUCCCUCCCUCCAAGCCUAACAGUGCGUGUGGGGAGGGGGGGUCUGAUCUCGAUCUCUCUUUCUCCCGCCUCCCUUCCAAUUUAUUAUGAUGGAGGAGAGUGGGAAGGUCAAGCCGCGGUUGCCACUGAACUGGGAAGAAAGUUGCCGCGCAGCAGCAGUGAAGGGCGCCGGGGUAGCGCUGGUCCAAAGAGCCAAAAUCCUGUGUUUUGGUAUUUUUCUUAUUUUCCCAUACAAACACACACACACAAAUAAAAAAAACAUGGGCGUAGCCAGGAUUUAUUUAAGGGGGGGUGGGCAGGGUUUAUGUUGGGCGGGGGGCGGAACCAAGCUAUUUGCGAUGCAAUUGGUCAGUUAAGCACUUUUAUUUAUUUACUUGAUUUAGGCUGGGAUUGAUUUACUUGAUUUAGGCACACAAACCCAGUACUGGAACUUGGUAUUGCUUCUUGAUCACAAGACAUCAGGGGUUGAGGAGUCCCUCUCUGGGGACAGGAUCAAUUCCUCACCUUCCCCCCUGGCAUCUCUUUAAACGGCCUAAGGUCCUGCCAGCGCUGAGGGAGAUUGUAGCCUACCCACCGCCUGCCUUGACACACUCCUGGAGAAAUAGGAAGGGGAAGCUUCCCGCUUCCUGUUCCUUCUGGAAUCAUCGCUCCAUCCCCUGUACCCUAUAUGUUGUAACUGAGCCAAAAAGUAGGCAUAGCGGAAAUAAUCACGCAAUCUUCCUCUUCCUGCUUCUUAUAACCAACUCGCUGGCUCCCAUUUCCUCUGUUGAUGGCCGUGUCUGUAUUUAAGUGCCUCCAGACUCUGUGUGUGUCACAGGAGGGGUUCCUGCGUAAAUUUAGGUACACUGUUGUCCUGGUGCAAGAAACCCCGCUUAAAAAUGAAUAAAAAUAGAUCUUCUGCGGUUAGGGAACUGACAGUGUAAUGCACUGAGAAGUGUGGGGUGAGCAAAUGAUGAAUGGGAAGGCAUGUAAACACACCAGGAGUAAAUCAGGAUGAAUGCUCUUUGUUGUGUAAGUGCCCCAUAAGUAAAUCCAAAGGAAAGCACAGUAAAUAGUUAGCCGCAGGGUAAAGCAAAUCAGGAAGGCUGCUGAAUUGUCCACAGGAAGCGUUAGACUGUAAGCCUCUUCUGCAAAUGCAGCUAACUUGAUGUUGCUAGGCUACGGUUCUCAUCACUCCCAGCCAGCAUGCCCAGUGGUCAGGGGUUAUGGGAAUCCAACAACAUCUGGAGGAGACAGUGCUACAUAAGGCCUCAUUCUCCUUGUCAUCAGUGUGUAGAAGGCGUCAGUCUGGUUCACACAUAACAUUAAACCUUAAUUUGUGGAACUGUGUUUUAUUACAUGAUGGUGUGGCAUUAGAUGUGAACCAUGUCCUAUGGCUUAACUAUGGUUUCUUUAUUGCCAUCAAGCCAUCAUCCAAAGCCACAGCUUGUUGGCUUAUAAAUCUUGGCUUGUUUUAAUUAUGACUUGAUGCAUGUUUGUUUUUGGUUUUUUGGUUGUAAUUCAGAAAAGUGAACAAGGAAUAAAAAAAAUUUAAGAAAGCAAAGGUAUGGGGCAAGAGUAGCUGGAAAAUAAAGCAAACUGGAGAAGCAAACUGGUUUGUUUGAUCAUCUGUGAGACAACUUGUGGUUUGUGAAACAAACCGUGGCUUAGCAUUAAGACAGACCGAUAUGCUCCUUUAUAAUGUGUUUUUGCUAACAUUUUACCAUAUGCUGUCCACACCAGUGGGCAAAGUUGGAUGAGAAGUAGCCAGGUUUCACCUUGAUAUACCAUUGCCCACAUAAUUUGUUUUACAGCAGAAGUGUGCAAUUCUUAGACUCACAGAAUUGUAGAGUUGGGUCAUCUAGGACUCAUCUACAUUAGUAAAAAAAACUGCUAUGAAUGCGUUAUAAACAUGCAACACUAGAUGGUGCUGUAGAGCAAAAAAUUAUCUUCGCGAUUUUCCAUUGUGAGGUUCCCCCCCCCCUUUUUUUUGUUAUAAUGAUUUAAUUUCUGACUUAUAUAUUGCGGGGGGUUUUCCCCUUUGUGUAGCUGCACCCCUGUUUUAACCCACUGCAAUGCAGGAAUCUCAACUGAAGCAUCCAUGACAGAAGGUCACCCAACCUCUGCUCAAAAACCUCCUUCGUUCAACAUUGCUCCUGUGACUUCCAACACCGUUCUACGCCUUGCGCAGCAUGGAAACUCAUGUGUUGCUCCAGCUGCUGAAGUUACACCUUGAGGUGUUGGUUGCGGUGCUCCACUCAGCCAUCAGCCGAUGCAACGCCUAUCUUAUGAGUAUCAGAAGGCGGCAGAGGAGGAGAGUGCUGAUAGGGCGGGUGAUUCAGAACCACAUCUUGAGGACUAGGCGUAUCAUUCAGAGGAGGAAGAGCUGCAGACAUAUGGUUCCUAUCGUCACCUUGUUGGAAAGCGGGCCGAAAUUGCGGCGCUGGUGGGUCUGCCCCACCAAGCAGCAUUGGUGGGAGCGUUCCAUGCUGGGGACCCGGGACGACGAAACGUGGAUUGAGAGCUUCCAGAUGAGCAGGGGGACCCUCUUCGAAAUUGCGGAUGUCCUCCGACCCCAGCUCCAGAGGCAGAGAACUAUCAUGCGGGAAGCCAUCCCCGUCGAGAAGCGGGUCGCUAUCGCCGUGUGGUGGCUUUCUAAUCUGAAGUGCUACCGCGAAGUUGCUGCUCAGUUUGGAGUCGGGAGGUCGACGGUGGGAGAGAUCGUUCUGGAGGUGUGCUUUGCCAUCAAGCACCUGCUCGUCCAGAAGACAAUCUAUUUGGGCGACUACUGGAAGGUAAAGAUUUUUUAAAAUGUGUUUUUAAAAAAGUUGCUGCAGUUUCACAGGUUCAAACUAACACUGCUGUGCCACACUGCUGCAUUUUCUGGAGGGUGUGUGAGUGUGUUGAGUUGCACAAUGCAAAGGAAAAAGAGCUAUAGAUAGAUAGAUAGAUAGAUAGAUAGAUAGAUGAUAGAUAGAUAAUUUUUCUGUUUUACAAUUUCAAAUACUCAUUUUACAUCCUUAAGAUAUCAACGACUUCCCUUUUUCUCUUUCCACGCUUCAUUUUACAUAUCUUAAAUCCCUGUAUACUUUAACAAAAACUAUACCAAUCAGUAUUCCAUUACUGCAUCCAUCAAAACUUAUUUAUUGCAUCCGUCAAAACUUACUGUUGAAUUUAUCUUAACGCUGCCAGCGUUUUCAGCUAUACAGUGGUACCUCGGAUUGCAUACGCUUCAGGUUACAUACACUUCAGGUUACAGACUGCGCUAACCCAGAAAUAGUACGUCGGGUUAAGAACUUUGCUUCGAGAUGAGAACAGAAAUUAUGCUCCAACGGCAGCAGGAGGUGCCAUUAGCUAAAGUGGUGCUUCAGGUUAAGAACAGUUUCAGGUUAAGAACGGACCUCCAGAACGAAUUAAGUACUUAACCCGAGGUACCACUGUACACUAUUAUUUUCCAUAUAUUCAAUAAACGUUUUCCAAUCUUCUUUAAACGUAUGUUUAUAGUUAUAGCUAAAAAGUUGGACAGAUGGCAAGAAUAAGAUCGAUAGCGUAAGAACAUUUGCUAAUUGAUAUUAUUCUUGCCAUCUGUCCAACCUUUUACCUUUAACUAUAUGCGGCAAUUGCCAUUGUAUCUGUGGGCACUUAUGGAGCAGUCAGUGUAGCAAAAUGUUCCCUGGGCAGCUUACUAUCAUCAUCACCAUCAUCAUCAUCCCACCUUUUCCUCAGACUGGGACUCAAUUCAGCUUACAGAUAAUAUAGUUAUACAGAUAAAACUUCAAUGUACAUUAAUAAAACUAAUAUAAGCAUGAAAACAUAACAGUUGCGGUGUCAGAAUACCACUUGCUGAAAUCCUAUUGCCAUGUUUUAUAUUAUGUGGAAGAGAUUUCCCAUACAAAACGACUGAAUUGUUCGAAACUGCAUGGAUUGAUGCAGUGGGACAGAAUAAUUUGGGAACAUGGGGCAGAAACUCACAUAUAUUUGCAUUGUAGUUUAUAUGGAAUGUACCUGUUUCCUGAACAGUGUUUUACUGUUUUGCACUUGCAAUGCAAAAUUAGUAAAAAAUACUUACACAGCACAAAAAAGAACACAGCUUGCUACUAUGCCAUAUUACUGUGACUUUUUUUUGACGUGGUGGGUGUGCCGCGUGGACAUUUUUGGGGUGAAAUUGUUGGCACAACCACAAAACAACCGUUUUUAAAUUUACUACUUCUUUGUUGCCGCUUACAGAUCAUGGAUGGUUUCAGGAAGAUGGGAUUCCCUCACUGCGUUGGCGCGAUGGACUUGACGCAUCUGUCCAUAAUAGCCGCUACGGGUCCGGGAGACGAGUGCAACAAGCCAAAGAACUUCUGUUCCAUUCUGCUUCAAGGGACAACCGACCACACCGGCCGUUUUACUAACAUCGAAGUGGGAUGGAGCGGGAAGAAACACGACGACGUGCAGAUCUUCCGCAAAUCUGCGCUGUGCCAGGCUAUGGACGAGGGCACCUUUGUCCCAGGGAACCCCACUAUCAACAUACAGGGUGUGGAAAUCCCACCUCUAAUACUCGCCCAUAGCACCUACCCUAUGCGGAAGUGGCUCAUGAAGCCCUACGGAGGCCCCUUGGACCAGAGGAAGACCAUCUACAAUAGGACCUUCAACCACUGCCACAGCGUGGUCCAGCAGGCCUUUGGCAGGCUCAAGGCAAGGUGGCGUUGCCUCACUGCGAGGCUGCCAGUAGCAGAGGAGAACGUUUUGGCGGUGGUCACCGCGUGUGUCGUGCUGCACAAUAUUUGUGAGACCAAGGGGCAUGCUGUUCCCGAAGGUGUGGACAUCUCUGAGCACGUACUGUUGGCAGCAUAUAACGAGGACUGUCAUUCCUACGAAACCAGCAGUGAGUCGGGAGGCGAGGAGGUGCGCAAUGCCAUCUCACGUUACCUGGCAGGAAAUACUGAAUGCUGAGAUCUGGACUUUGCAUUUCUGUGUGUUUGGCAUUUAUUUUGUAAAUAUAAUUGCCUUGGUUAUGCUGAUGCGUUUCAUUUGUGUGUACGCCAUCUACACUCGUUGAGUAAAGCUCAGGUUAAUGAAGCC